CUAAGAGGCCCAUGCAGCUGAACUCGAAUAGUUCUUCUGAUUUAUUUAUACUUAGACUCUUUUAAUUUGGGUUAAAUUAAUAUAAUUCCCAUCUGAUUGUGUACUUCUCGGUUUUAUGUCAUUCAUCCAUCCCUGCGAUGGUACUCUUCUGGUGAAUAACUUACAGUCUUAGUUGCCAUCCUUGAUGUGUUGCGUGCUUGUUGGUGUCGCCCUCAGACAGAUGGAGGCUUUGGGUCGCGCCUGAGAUGAGAUAGCGUCCUCUCUCUCUGUCUCCGUCGAACUGCUGCAGAAACGCGCACGCAGGAAAGACGUGGGCAUCUUACUACUGGAAUUUCAUAGCCUAUUGUUUUUGGAGCCUUGCUAAAGGAAGUAUUCUCCCUGUCCCUCCAUCUAACACCACUUUUGGAUGAUGAUUCCGCUGUUCUUCAAAGAUGAUGUGAGUUGAAUCGGCAGGGAAGCUGCAGAGGAGCUGUCCGUCUCUCGAGGUGCUGAUGCGGCUGUGACAGUAGCGAGUAUGGCCGCCGGGAAGUUGUUGCUCUACACCGGGCUCUCCUUGUCUCUUUGUGCAUUGGCAAUGCUCGCCGUGGCAAUGUGUUCGGAUCAUUGGUACGAGACAGACGCCAGAAGGUACAAGGAGCGAUGCCGAAGUUUCUCCAGCCGCCGUAAGGACCCGGGCUUUAUCUAUAUACCCAACAACAGCCUGCCGCUGCGGGCCAGCCGAGUCAGCAUGCCUCGCUGGGAGGACAAGGUGCUAUUGGCCCGAAACCGAAGGCAGCUGUUCGCCAUGAGCGCCGCAGACGAAUGCAGCAGGCAGUAUAACUCCACCAACAUGGGGCUGUGGAGGAAAUGCCACCGGCUUGGUUUCGACCAGGUGAUCGAAGAUCACAUUCGCAAAGGUUCAAUUGCAAGAUGCUUCUACAUCAAGUACCAUUACUCGUCAGCUGCAAUACCCAAAAAUCUGUCCUACAACAUCACCAAGACAAUACGACAGGAUGAAUGGCACUCCCUACACCUGCGGCGAAUGACAGCUGGUUUCAUGGGCAUGGCAGUGGCCAUCAUUCUGUUUGGCUGGAUCAUUGGCUUGCUCGGCUGUUGUUGGGAUAGAGGACUCAUGCAAUAUGUGGCUGGCCUGCUCUUCCUCAUGGGAGGAACUUUCUGCAUUAUCUCCCUCUGUACCUGUGUUGCUGGCAUUAACUUUGAGCUUUCCCGUUACCCGCGGUACCUGUACGGCCUUCCUGACGACAUUGGCCAUGGCUAUGGAUGGUCUAUGUUUUGCGCCUGGGGAGGUCUUGGCCUUACCCUCAUUGCUGGUUUCUUCUGCACCCUGGCUCCCUCUGUUCAGCCAAUACCCAGAACCACCUGUCCCAAAGCCCGGCAAGAGAACGGCACAGUCUGCUAAAGCUGAAAACAGUGAACAGACCAGCUACAACAAUUGAUUAAAAAAAAUAGACAAACUGUCAAAUCAUGUCAUCUGCCUACUUAUCUACAAUCAGUUCUGGAUUCAGAGUUUUUAAAUUGUGUGUGUGUUUGAAAUGGAUAUCUUGAUAAUCUGCUAUCUCGAUCAUACAAUGAGAAACUCAAGAUCUUAGAAGAAAUAUUAAACAAAUAAUCCUGUCUUUUGUUAUUGUGGGACAGAUGUGUAAAUUGACCUUGGAUAGGAAAAUAUUCCAAGGAUUUAAGGAGGAUUCAAGAAGAAAGUAACGGACUGAUGCGUGGAACUUGUCACCUGAAGUUGGGCUGUAACUGUGAAAGUGGACAGUAACAAUUUGACGAAGAUGUGUUCUCUGUACUUGCAGUUGGAUUCUUUAGAAUUCUCACAGGAAUCGGAUUGAGACAGUCCAGGGUUAUCAGCUGAGUAAACCUUUCUGUGCACCAUGCAAAAGUUACAUGUAACAAAUGAGCAGGAUUAAGAUACAAACUGCUGUUAAUUAUUGUCUGGAAUAUUCCAAAAAAGUAACAGGAAACAAGAAUUUUCAUAUUGGAUUUCUUUUAUUCUGUAUAGAUGCAUUCCUUUCCAUGCAAUGAUCUUACAUGCCAUUAAGCAUUUUGAACAUACAAUUUUUUUUUAAUUUUAUAUUGAUUCCCUCAUACUGUAAACAAACAGCAGUUUACUGUCACAGCAAAUAUCUUCUGUGCUUUUUUUUCAUGAGUAUGUAUGAGUAUGAACAUGUUAGCAAGAAGGUGAUUUUACGGUCUAUACAAACAAUCUUUUUAUUUAAUAAAAAGUACAUACAUAGAUUAUGUAAAAAAUCAAUUUAUUUUAAUCUGAGUUACUGAUAAAUCAAUUUAAAAGGGAGCAUAUUCACAUUAAUAUUGUGCUGCCCCCAGAAGGAGUGAAAAAGCAUGUAGGUUUUUUUUUUAACUCAUGCUUUGGUGUUGAUUUCUUAGACAACUGUCCACAAUUUCCUCUCUCUAUUUUGUUCCAUAUCACAAGAAAGCAAAAAUGUAUCCAGCUGAUGUAUUCUAGACCCAGAAGAUCAAUGUCAUGUAUCAGUAAAAUCUUUACUCACCUUAGUCACCAUCAAUGAUUUACACAGAUUUGUCUGUGGACAGUGGUAUAAACAUUAGGACUGAUGAGAGCUUGUUCAAAUACAGUCACUGGUUUUAUACAAUAUGUUGUCUUAGAAAGCACAAAGCAGCAGCCAGUCCCUACUGACACCAGUAAUGUCAGUAAGGCCUUUUUUUCCACUGGCAGCUCUACUGUGUGGCUCGACUUGGCUCAACUCUACAUGGUUUAGGUGGUUUUCCAUUACAACAGUUCUAACAGUGAAACUAUCAUAGUUGGGUGGCACCAGAGUUUGAAAAGUAUUGUGACAUGAUCUUGUACAAACACCUGCAGGUGUUGAAGCCGUGGAUGGUAUUGGGGUAGAAGCAGUAGAGCUUGGACAGUCCAAAUUAAGGGAAGUGGAGACAUACCUCUCAUAGAAAGAGAUUCUGGAAACACAAAGCAUACAUGAGGUGUAAAUGCAAUAUAUGUAAGAGACAGAGAAUAAUCCAAGCACAGCAUACUGUUAGCAUUGAUGGCAAAUUAGUAUUGUCUUAAUGCAAGACACAACACCAUAAGUUUCAGAAUAUUCUUGUUUGUUCAAAGUAAGCUCAGCACUGAGGAACAAGUUGCAUACAAGACUCUUUAAGUCAUAAAACCAUCAUCCAUUAUGGAAUACAGUAACGAUGUGCUCAAAUUCAAUCAACUCUACCUGUUACUGGUUGGUGCCUGUAAAUGGUGUCUGUUCCGUUGAACCACUGCGGCCGUUGUGGUCCUUGUUGGUCCAGUAAUCGCUUUACAGGGUUCUAAUCAUCUUGCUGUUCACUGGUACCUGUAGGCAGCCAUCAACAGAGUCACACUUGUCACCGCAAAUCAACAAGCCAGUUAAAUGUGAUUUACAUAAUGAAAACAUAACACAAUAAAUAUGACAAAAAAAGAACAUUAUAUUACAUUACAAUCAGUAACAGACAAUCUUCUGAUGCUGCCUUCUCAGCCUGAGUUGGUACAUUUGGAACCCCUGCAAAGUGGAUCCUAAAAAUGGGACAGGUAUCACAUAACUACUGGAGAUACCUUUGCAAUCGAGUAAAAUCGAGUUGAGCCAUACUGAGUAGAUGCCAGCGGAAAAGGGCAAUAUGGAUAAUCUCAUAUGUGCAUUCCAUGUGCUCCAGAAAGCAAAACUUGAAAACUGAUCAAUGUUUUGGAAUAGUAAAUAUUUGAAACAUAAUUUAUUGAGUGUUGGAUUACUUAAAAUUCUAUUUGGAAUUGGUGUAGUUCCCUGUAAGGUUUUCAUGUGUAAUAAAUAAAUUUGGGUAAGCAAUUUAAACACCAAAACUUCUAUUGCCCCUCAGAUUUUUUUCUUUAGUUUUUCUUUUCCCAUUACAAAGUAAAUGUAAAUCAUAAAUGAAUUUCAAAUCUGACUGGUAUUAAGGAGGAAGCACCUAAGAGCAUGGGCAUCACAAUAUUUUGUGAUCAAGUCCUACAAUAGACUUACAAAAAAACCAUCCCUUUUGAUUUGGUUUGAGAUAUUCUAUUUUAUUCGACCUCGCGUCUAAAGUAUUUAUAUUCUACAGGUGCAAUUUGACUUUGUUUACAUAUGUAAACAGGAAGCAGAACACACUUCACAGAUUAAAUUGUAAAUUAAAAGUCCCAUGUUCAGACAUUAAUUAUGAUGUUCAUAAAAACCUGCUAUAACCUUUUUUUGCUGUCAUAGAUGCCAUCAAGGCCUUUUCCAAGAUGCCAUCUACAAGGCCUCCUAGUCAACAUAUCGUCAUCAGAAAUGAUCUAAAAAAUCAAUUCUCUUAAAAAAAAUAAAAACAGCAUUUACUGUUUGCAUCCUGAUCACUUGAACAUUUGUGUGUCUUAACUUGUUGGAUUGUUGUAUCAAUGUCUGUGUUCCCCUAUCUUAAAAAGUAUUUUUUGUUUAUUUUUAAGGAUUCAUUGAAUAAAAGACCCAAGAUUUAAAA